AUGUCGACUACUGUAACAUACUCAAUUGUAUCAACUGUAAACAAUGUCACUUUACAACUCAUUCGUUUUGAUUGUGGGCAAAUCUACCUUUGCUUCAUAAAUAAUCGAGUAAUAUUUACGAUCCCUACAGUUAGAUACCUCCUAAGCAAUGGCAGAAGAAGAGCUUCACAAACAUGCUUUAUCUUGUUUCGGAAUGUUAUACAGGAUUGCGUCACUGCAUUAAACCUGAGGGUUGAAAGACACGAUCUAUCCCGACACGCGGGUAGCUUGUGGAAUCAGCUAAAAAAUUGUGAUAUUCUUCUAAUAGAAGAAUUUCGGCGUGUAGCCAAUCUUGCUGCUCAACAUUUCUAUUCUGAAAUCCGAAUAGUAAACGUAAAUAUGAAUAUUCAAUUUAUGAAUAUUCCAGUUAUGAAUAUCCCAGCUACGGUUCGUCCGUCAACUAAUAUACCGAUUAAGAUCAACGAUGACGAAAACGUUCGUGAAUUAUUAAAAGACCUUUUCGCUGAGGUCUUACCCCCUCCCGAUUUUCAUCAAUAA